AUGUCCAUGAGCGCGAACACCAUGAUCUUCAUGAUUCUGGGGGCGUCGAUCGUGAUGGCCAUCGCGUGCUUGAUGGACAUGAACGCAUUGCUGGACCGAUUCCACAACUACAUCCUCCCGCAUCUGCGGGGCGAGGACCGCGUCUGCCACUGCAACUGUGGCCGGCACCACAUCCACUACGUGAUCCCUUACGACGGGGACCAGUCGGUGGUGGACGCCUCCGAGAACUACUUCGUGACCGACAACGUCACCAAGCAGGAGAUCGACCUCAUGCUGGGGCUGCUGCUGGGCUUCUGCAUCAGCUGGUUCCUGGUGUGGAUGGACGGCGUCCUGCACUGCGCCGUGCGCGCCUGGAGGGCUGGCCGGCGCUACGAUGGCUCGUGGACCUGGCUGCCCAAGCUGUGCAGCCUGCGGGAGCUGGGCCGGCGGCCGCACAGGCCCUUCGAGGAGGCGGCCGGCAACAUGGUGCACGUGAAGCAGAAACUCUACCACAACGGCCACCCGAGCCCGCGGCAUCUCUGAGCCGCGCGCAGGACUCGCGGGGCCUUCGGCCAACGCGCCCACGCACACGGGACUGGACGGCCGCCCCGGGCCAGGGCGCCCGCAGCUGCCGGGCGUGUCCAGCGGAAGGUGCUGUCUCCUCUUCUUUUUAUAAAGGGGGUCGGGGCGGGGAAGGCCGCCGGUCUGGGGGCAGGACCCUGGCCUCCCGGGCUGGACGGGGCGCGGGAACCGGGGCGGGGGGCACGGGCACCUGUGCGGGCCGCCAGGACCACCUGCUCGCCCCCACGCGCUGCAGUCUCGCCUGUGCCGGGCCCACGUCUGUUACUUAAACCCGGCUGUUUCCUGUGCGCCCGGCGGCCUCUUGGGGCCAGUCCUGGCAGAGGGAAACGAGGCCAGGAGAGGGUCUUGGCAGGGAAGGGGGCGGCCCCCGGCCGCGCCCACGUCUGCACACGGGAGCAUGUGCAUGGGGCGUGUGCGUCCGCGGGCCGCAAUGGGGGUGGAGGGCGGGGGGCAGGGGUCUGGUGGAGGCCCCAGCCUAGCAGCAAUAAGGCCCCCGAGCCCCACUGCGGCAAGUGUGGCCACCCUGCCCAGGGCAUCCCCGGUCGGGCGCCUCACUGUGACCCCCACCCCUGCUGGUCAGUAAAUUCUCCAGAAAGCUCCA